AUGCGAGUUUAUGCAAAAAUAAUUUUACAAACAAGUUUUUGCGAUUUGGCACUUUUAAUAUUUGGACAUUUAGUACAACCAAUAAUUUUUGUGGCAGAUGGUAUAGCUAUUGUUAUCGAAAAUGGAAUAAUUAAUAAUUGGGAAAGGCCUUGGAAUAUUUUAAUUUAUGAUUUUUGGUUUUUUAUUAGUUUAUUUGUUAGUGUUGGAGUUGCUGUCCAAUUUGUUUAUAGAUAUUUAAUUCUCUGCAGGUUUAGAAACUACUAUUAUUAUAAGUAA